CUACUGCGGCAUGCUCUGUUCAAAGCGGCCACGGGUAAUCUUGUUCUUGUUCCAUCUUCUCAAUAUCCACUUACCCUUUUGUGCUGCCACUAAUAAAACUGCACUUCAACUUCAAAUUUUCAACCUUUCCCCAUUCACGUCCCUUCUUCCUUCCAAUGUUCCCUUCCAUCAUAAAUUCUAAUCAAUCUCGUGACCAGCAACAACAAAAGCAAAAGGGAGAAUGGUUAGCAGGAAGUUUCAAGGCAGAGAACUUCAUUCCAGGGCUUGUUAUAGGUUUCAUUUUUGGGUUGUUGUUGGAUUUAUCAAAGCCCGGUAGAAAUCACUUGUCCAAGAAAAUUUGCUCAUCUGCCAGACCUCAACAACAGCAAAUCUCAGUCUCAAGCAAUGCUGAUCAAGAACUUAAAAUGGUUCUGGUCGUUAGGCAAGACCUAAAGAUGAAAUCUGGAAAGAUUGCAUCCCAAUGUGCUCAUGCUGCCACUGGCAUGUACGCUGAAUUAAUGCAAAGUGAUCGGUAUCUUUUGAGAAGAUGGGAACAGUGUGGCCAGCCCAAAAUUGUUGUGACUUGCAGGAAUCAACAAGAAAUGAAUAAACUAGCGGAAGCAGCCGAGAGUAUUGGCCUUCCUACUUUUGUUGUUGCUGAUGCUGGACGAACACAGGUUUCGGCAGGAUCAAAGACCGUUCUUGCUGUUGGACCUGGACCAAAAUCUUCUGUGGAUUCAGUGACAGGGAGAUUGCCCCUGCUUUGACAGCAUUAAUAUGAUAAAUCACCCGAGCUUGUUGCCACUUGGUCUGUGUUCUAACGCGUUAUCCGGCAUUGUCUGAUUCCUUAUCCUUAUUGUGGCCUAUGCAACAUGGCUAUGGUGGUUCUAUAAUUCGUAGUGUUAAAUAGGACUAAUUCUUAAUCAGAUCCCUUUCCUGUUUUAUACCUCUAAUUGUAUGGGUUUUCAGCAUCCUGUCUAGCGGCUCGGGAAUGAACUGAAGACUUUUAUUUAUUUAUAUAUUUGGAUCGGUUGGUAAACUAUCUUUCCUUAUAAGGCAGGAAGUUCAUUAUCUUUUUUUAUCAAUGUCCCAAUUGGUUGUGUGAUUCAAAAUAAGAGAAGGGGAGAGAUUAUGACAAUGGUUAUCAGAGUAGACUGACUUUGAGCAUGCUUGAAAACAAGGUGAAAAAUGACUUCUGAGGUAAAAUUGUUUUUACUUUUAUCCGUUAAACCUGUAUUAUAACAUGUGUCGUGACAAUUAUUUCGACUACAA